UAGCGCAUAAAACGCAGCGCGCGCCAUCAUGACUAGGUCAAGGUCACCUAGCAACAUGGCGUCUAUCUGGUCCAUUUUAACACAUCUUUUAGCGAUUUCACACGUUGUUUAUUGUGCCGAUGUCGAAUUCCAGGCAUAUCAUGAGGAAACGUACAGGCAUUACUACAAUUCUGUGGAGAUUAGUCGUCGUCUUCAGCAUUUCGCUGAGAAAUACCCGCACAUUUGCAGCCGCACGAGCGUCGGCAGGUCGGCUGAAGGCAGAGAAGUUUGGGUGAUGAGGAUCACAGCUCGCACAAAUGUUCCCGGGAAACCGAGAUUCAGAUACGUGGGGAACAACCACGGGGACGAGGUGCUGUCCAGACAAGUCUUGAUCUACCUCACUGAUUAUCUCCUGAGUCAGUACGGAACUGAUCCCAGAGUGACUGAACUCGUAGACAGCACGGAUAUUUAUAUCUUACCCAGUGUGAACCCUGAUGGCUUUGAGAAGGCUGUAGAAGGGGAUUGUACUGGCAGCAAAGAGGGCAGAGAAAACCACAAACAACAUGACAUAACCCCUAGUUUUCCUGACCAGUUUGAUCUUUUGGAAAGCGCACCUGAGGUGUUUAAAUGGUUUUUAGAGAAAAAGUUUGUUCUUGCUGGAAACUUGCAAGGAGGUUCAGUAGAGUCCAGCAACCACUUCGAUUACUCCAGUUCUCACGUUACGCCAGGUGCAUACAGACAUACGGAUGAUGACGAUGAUGCCCUCUUCCACUAUUUGGUACAGACUUUUACUGAAAACCACUCGAACACGAGAGAGGGCGAGUCGCAGUGUCCUGACGAGAUGAACGAGGAGUUGGGAAAUGGGCCAACCGCAGCGUGGAGCGGCGUGCAAGGAAGCAUGCAAGACUUCAGUUACUUCAGAGGAAACUGCUUUGAAGUCACCUUUCAGCUGAGCUGCUGCAAAUACCCAUUGGCUGCAGAUCUCUAUACUGAAUGGAACAACAACAGGGAAGCUCUGCUAGCAUACAUGGAAAAGGUUCAUAUUGGAGUCAGAGGUUACGUCAUGACCACCUCGGGAAUGGGUAUCCCGGACUCAAACAUCUCCGUUUCCGGGACAGAUCACAUCAUCACAACGUGGAUAUUUGGUGAUUAUUACCGCUUGCUGCUUCCUGGAACGUAUAACAUCACAGCCAGCUCCCUUGGGUACCUUCCAAGCACUGUAAACAACGUGAAAGUGAUCGAAGGCAAAGCUACUCUACUAAACUUCACCCUGAAGGAUUUGAGUGAAGAGGUGCUAAUACCCGGCCUUCCCACCACUCCUGUACCGACAGAAGUGGGAUACCGGUCGACUGAACAGGUUCUUGACGACCACAAAGCUCCUACACCUGAGCCCUCAGUCCAGAGACAGGCUUUUAGUCAUCGCAGUUACUCAGACGUGGAAUUGUUCUUGCAGCGAAUUAGCUCUUUUUAUUCAUCUCAUGCCCAACUGUACUCUAUUGGCCAAUCGGUGCGGGGCAGGAAGCUCUAUGUCAUGAAGAUAUCUUCUAACCUUGGCACUGAUGAACCAGGUAAACCAGAAAUCAUGUAUGUUGGCAACACGCGUGGCAAUGAUGCUGUAAGUCAAGAGAUUCUCUUGAAUUUGGUCGAGUACCUGUGCAGUAAUUAUGGCAACGAACCUUUAAUCACACAACUGGUGAACCGUACAAGAGUGCACAUUCUGCCUUCCAUGAACCCAGAUGGUAAUGAAGAAGCUCAAGAAUAUUCCAACGCAAACGGAGAAUUCACUGGUGGUGUGAAAGACGGCGACGAUCAAAACUCUGACUUGAGUGGGAACUUUCCUGACAGGUUCCACGCGAGCGAUUUUGUCCGACCAGAAACCAAGGCAGUGAUGAAUUGGAUUAAGGCUCACUCGUUUGUUUUGUCUGCUAAUAUUCUUGGUGGAGUGAUCGGAGUAACGUAUCCGGGUUCGGUCGAUUCCGUUGAUGAGGCUGUAUUUAAAUCAAUCACGCAAGCCUAUUUGAAGUAUUCUUCUCCCCCGAUGCCACAGACCUGUGAGGACACAAAGCAACUGGAUCGAAAUAAAUUGAAUCCUGGAGCCCCUCCAGGGAUUGAUCUGGAGGACUGGACGUACCGUAACACAGACACUCUGGGAGUCCGUGUUGGAGUAAGCUGCGAUCUGCAUCCACCGGUUGAAAACAUUACAGUGUCUCUGCUACACUUAAUCCGACAGGUUCAUUUUUCAGUCAGGGGUAGAGUGACUGAUAGCCAGUCCGGUCAGGCUAUUGCUAAUGCUACCAUAGAGGUGGACAGCUCCAGGCAUCGGGUCCACACCAGCAGCACAGGAGGGUACUGGAGACCUCUGGCUCCUGGGAUGUACCAGCUCCAUGCCCUCGCACCAGGGUAUUUAACACUCUCCGCGCCGGUCACGGUGACUGAAACUUGGGUGGAGCAGGUGGAUUUUGUGCUGACUCGAGAUCAGCCAUCGCCAUCUGAAAGUCAGAUGGAGGAAGAAGAGUUUCGGAGCUUGGUGGAGAACCUGUCCUCUGCUCAUGGCCUUGAACAGCUUGUCCAGAACUAUCUUCCGGCCAGAACUCUGCACUACAGGAAGCACAAGGAGAGCUCAGAAUUCCUGCAUGGACUUCACCUCAGCUUUCCUCGUAUCACUCGUCUGUACAGUCUGGGUAACAGCUGGGAGUUCCGGCCUAUCUGGGUUCUGGAGAUCUCUGCGGGUCCCGAGUCGACACGGCCCACGGUGCCAAAAAUCCGGUACGUCGCAGGUGUCCACGGAAACGCUGCAGUAGGACCAGAGCUUCUGCUCGAGUUUGCAUCUGUUCUGUGUAGAAACUACGGUGGGAACCCUACCAUCACAAAGCUGAUUGACAGGAGCAGGAUUGUAAUCGUGCCCCGUGUGAAUCCGGAUGGUCGAGAGCUGGCUCAGGAGGGCUCGUGUUUCUCCACAGCAGGACUCCACAAUGCUCACGGUGUAGACCUCGACACAGACUUCUUCUCUGGCAACACGUCCGCGCAGCCGGAAACGCGUGCGAUGAUGAAUCUGAUGGACGGAGGAGGCUUCUCUCUGUCUGUUGCGCUCGACGGAGGCUCUCUGCUGACGACGUACCCCUACGACAGACCCACUGAACCAGCACACAAUGAAGAAACGCUGAGAUAUUUGGCCUCGAUCUACGCAAGCAGUCAUCCUGUCAUGCACUCGGGUUACCCUGGAUGCGUAAAUGGACUGGAGUCAGUCCAAGGAGGAAUUCUGAGGGGUGCAGAGUUCAGAAGUCACAUGGGCAGUAUGAAGGAUUUCAGUGUGGAUGUGGGUUUGUGUCCUGAGAUCACGGUAUACACCGGUUGCUGUCUGUUCCCACCUGCUCCGCAGCUGCUCCCGCUCUGGGCAGAGCACAGGACGGCUCUGUUCGCCAUGCUGCUGGAGGUUCAUAAGGGGCUGAGUGGCCUGGUGAAGGACCAGGACGGCCGGCCGGUGUCCGACGCGGUGAUCAAAGUGAACGGUUCGGCGUUGGUACGUACGGAUGCGCGAGGCUUCUUCCACACUCUGCUGGCUCCAGGAACUCAGCAACUGCAGGUUCAAGCGUCAGGUUUUCAGGAGCAUCUCAUGCAGGUAAACGUGUCAUCACGUCAAAAGGCAGUGCCUAUUAUGAUCCAGUUCACUGACGGCAGGAGAUACAGAGGCCAGGGAUUAGUGCUGGCUGCUGCAAUCUCCACAGCCGUUAUCCUGCUCUGCUUGCUCCUGCUGUGGCAGUUCAGCCGGAUCAGAGAAUCGGUUAGACGGUUCCGUCGUCUGCGAGAAGAUCUUCAAACGGAGGCCAUAGCGUCUGAGAAGUUGCCUCUACAGAGCAUCUUUUUGGAGGACAGUGAAAGCGAGGAUGAUGCUUUUUACCUCGACCAGCACUGAUUAAAAAUCUUAGCACCCUUGAAUUUAUGUCAAUUUUCAGUUCUCCAUUCUGAUGUUGCUAGCUAUAUCUUUAAUGUAAUAUACAUUUAUAUUUGUGUGUGUGUGUGAGUGAAUUUAUUUCAACAAUAGUAACUACAUAAUAAACAUAACAAUCUUGAUAGGAGUUGAUUGUAAACUCCACCACCAUCAUAUGCUUUAAUAAGAGCGAUAGGAAACGCGUGGAUAUACAUCACGGUCCCUUGAGAACCGUGGAUUUGUACCAUUAGUAUGUAUUGUGAGAUUUACACACUUCCGUUUGAAACGAAACCAUAAAACUCAUCGUGUUUUGGGGGGGGAAAAACUUUCUUUUGAAUGUAGAGCGAAGCAUUAUUGUGUUCUUGUGGAUGUGCAAGAGAACGUGGGGCUGGAGAGAGAGAGAGAGAGAGAGAGAGAGAGAGAGAGAUAGAUAGAUGGAUAGAUAGAUAGAUCAGCAGUGCAGGAAGUCCCAGCAGUGCUCACUUCCAGUAAGUGUGAAGGAGGAGGAAAGAGUUGGGAGGGUGCAGACCUGUGUGUGUGUGUGUGUGUGUGUGUGUGUGUGUGUGUGUUACGAGUGAGCAUGCACAGGGUUAAUUAGUAGUGCUUUUUCAGUCAUUUGUUUCCAGGAUUUUGUAAUGUGUUCAUACGCUGUAAUGAUUCAAAAUCAACCACACAAUCCUAAAGCUUCUAACGACCAUGCCUUGUCCGUGUUGGCUUUUAGCCAUGCUGCUCCAGAGACACAGAGAGAGAGAUUGUGGGUGAAAAUGAGUGAGCGAGUGCAUUAGAAGUUUACUGGAAUCUCAAUACCAUUCGCUACACCCCAAUAACACCACUUAUCUGAUUCUUUAUGCAGUUCUUGCAUUACGUUUACAACAGCGUUGCAGAAAUCAGUGUGUGUGUGUGUGUGUGUGUGUAUAAGCUAACAGCUUCCUCUUAUUACCAGCAUGGCAUCAAUGCGCUUGCUUAAACAACUCUGAGAUCAUAUUGAAUUGAUCUCACACUCGUAUUUCCUUGCGUUCGCUCUGAUGAAUGACGUGACGGUUCUGUGAUGAAAUCAUGAAACGGAGCAUGCUGUAAUUAAAUAGCUGACACUUUCGAAUUGUCGCUGAAGUGCGUUUCAGGCACACGCUUCGCCUCCCGUGGACCAGACGAGAUGAGGCUUCGUUCUAGGGAAGAAUCUGAAUGAGGCAGACGAGAAGAGCACUAUCGAUUUCCAAAACAUCAUUUAAGCAGAGCAGGAUCUCUCCUGCUUUUAAACGGUGUGCUACUUCAUCGUUCCCAGCAGAGAUCCGUCACACACAUUGCUGUUGGGAAGCUGCUGUUUCAUUAUAAUAAUAUAUCGUGACGUUAAACGUCGCGAAGAUAUACAACACUUAAAUCCUCGUACUAAUAUGCAGGGAGGGAAGUAACAAACUACAUGUACUCUCCUUACAGUACUAGACUACAUGGUUCAUGGUAAUGGUACUUUUUUUGAGUAUAAUUAAAUCAUAAUACUUUUACUUGA